AAUCAGCCAAUCAUGAUCAAUGGCGGACAGCAAAGGUUUUCUAUUGGAGAUUGCAGCACGUCAACCAAUACGAUUAUUGGUCUCUGGUCGAUUUUUGUUGAUCAUCGUCUCUCAUUGGACAACCAAAUAGGAAAACAAUUCAAUAUCCAGCACGUGCACUUUAUAUUGUUUUGAAUGCACAAUAAUAAGAAGCUACCAAAACUAACAAAUACACUAAACAAAACUUUACAACUCAAAGAGUUUUUCAUCUCUUACAAAUCUCAUCCAAACCAAAGCAAUGGCAUUCUUAACUUUGUGACCGAGACGAAGAAUCCCAAGUGAAUUAAAGAAGAGACACCAAACGAACAACAUUCAAAUCAACCGUCUAAAUUUAAAAAAGUUGCCAAAACCAAUUCCCCAACAAUUUAUUCCCAAAUCCGCAAAAUUGUUUGGUUAACAAACAACACAGCAAAUGGAACACCAUUCAAUAACUGUUACCCCAAUCAAAGUCGAAGUACCUGACAGUGUUGAACCAUCGGUAUCCUCUUCGUCGUCGUCGACCAAUGACCGACAAAGAACAACUCACCACAAAGUCGCUACUCAGCGCAGAAAACCUCCAACUAUUGAAACCUUUUGGCCGACAGUUCUGGAAGAGGUCAGAAGUAUACAACAAGUUGAUGCUAAACAUCAAGCUUUACCUCUAGCUAGAAUUAAAAAAAUCAUGAAACUCGACGAGAAUACUCGAAUGAUUGCGGCAGAGGCGCCUUUACUCUUUGCCAAAGCUUGUGAGUAUUUCAUUCAGGAGUUGACUCUGCGUGCUUGGGUGCAUACAGAAGAAAGCAAAAGACGUACACUACAACGCAGUGAUAUUGCUCAAGCAAUUUCGAUUUGUGAUCAAUUUGAUUUUUUGAUUGAUAUUGUUCCGAGAGAGGAAAUUAAACCACCAACUACGUCAGUAAAGAAAGAGGCAGAUAAACAAGUUAAUCAACAACAGAGUACGGCGGCGACGAGUUCGGUUAGUAUGAAUUCGACGACAAAUACGGUGCAAACGCCAACAGCUCAACCAGAACAACAACCAAUGCAGUAUUAUAUACAGCUGGGUGGUGGCCAACAGGCACAUUUACAACAACCACACAUUCAAACGUCGAAUAUUACGUCGAAUGGGCUGUUGGGUAAUCAACAGAUUCAGCAGUCGUUGCAGGGGAUUAAUAUUGUUACUGCUCCGCAGAAUAUUUUGUUGACUGCUGGUAAUCCAGGGCAGCAGCAGACGGCUGCAACUAUGGUGAAUAGCUUGCAGAAUCCACAGCAGCAGAUACAGUUGAUUCAGCAAGUUGUUACACCGAAUGGAGAGAUUACCAAUGUACCGAUAACCAUAACAGCAAAUCAAUUAAAUCUUCUACGAAUGCAAAUGCAAGGCAAUCAAGCGGCAAAUGCACUCCAAACACAGCAAGUUCUUAUACCAACAAUUCCAACCCAACAGCAAACUCAAUUAGUGCACAUAGGCGGUGGAAAUGUUGCAACAGCUGCAAAUGUCAUACAAAACCCAGGCCAUGGAAAUAUCUUCCUCAGCACCGGUCAUGGAAACUCUAUAGUUUCAACUGAUCGAAAUCUUGGAAGUACAUUUAGACCCAAUUGUUGAUAUCCAAAUUAGUGUGAAUAUGUAGUUUCUUGUUUAAUACAAAAAAAAAAAAAAAUUAAAUAAAAAAAAAACAUUUACAUAUAAAUAUGUAUACAUUAUAUAUUAUUUAAAUAUAUAUUUACUGUUAACAUAAUAGUUAUAAAUUAUAUUAACUACUAGUCUAUAAGUUUUGAAUUCAAAGUAUGGUUUUGCAAUAAAAAAAAUAUACUCUGCAAAACUCCGUACAAUCGAGACGCAUCAGUUUGUCUCAAGUGUAGCUUUAAGAAUAUUUAAUUUCACGUGUGUACACCCCAGCUUAAAAAUAAAUAAAUAAACACAUACAUGUUUAAUGUAUGUGAGUGUAGUGCUGAAACUUGUAAAAAACUAAAGUUUUCCCAGAGUUUCCCCAAUUGUAUAAUAAUGAUGGAUAUAAAUAAUAAAUGUGUAUAAAUGUA